GCCUGGGAGCAGCGCGGCCCUCCACGGAGACUUUCUCGCUCCCCGCCGGCUUGCGACGGUCCCGCCGCUGACGGACAGACGGACACCGCGUCCCACUUCCUCCGGCUGGAUUUUUCUUCCCCCCCUCCCCGCUCUUGGCAAAAAGAGGCAAGAAGUAGGGAGAGAAGUCACCGCCGCUGUCUGGGGCUUUCCGGCCUUACAGUCACAUCGGCAACUUGCGAGCCCGAGAAAGGGGGAAUCGUUCGCUCCCGCAGAGCGGCGGAGCGGCCGCAGCCACCCCCACCACCCCCCCGACACCCCGGUCCCGUCGGGUCCCGUCCCGCCGGAGGAUCGCGGAGCGGCGGUGACCGUCCGGAGCGCGACCCCUCCGCCCCACCCCGGGCACCCCCAGCGCUCCCCGGAACAGCAGCAACAAAGGACGCGGCGGACGGAGGAUGUCCCCGUGGCGGGGGCACUGAGCGCCGCCUCGCCCCGCGGCCGCCGGCUGUCGCCGCUCCUGCCCUCGCGGCUCUCCGGGGCGUGAAGCCGGGGCAGGGCGGGGGGUGGCUCGCCGGGAGAACCGCGCUGCGAGGGAGCCCCGCCGCGGCCGGAGCCAUGUUCCCCCAGAGCCGGCACCCCACCCCGCACCAGGCUGCGGGCCAGCCUUUCAAAUUCACCAUCCCGGAGUCGCUGGACCGCAUCAAGGAGGAGUUCCAGUUCCUCCAGGCGCAGUACCACAGCCUUAAAUUGGAAUGUGAGAAACUGGCAAGCGAAAAGACAGAAAUGCAGAGGCACUAUGUGAUGUAUUAUGAAAUGUCGUAUGGAUUAAACAUUGAAAUGCACAAACAGACAGAAAUCGCCAAGAGAUUGAAUACAAUUUGUGCACAAGUCAUCCCAUUUUUGUCUCAGGAACAUCAGCAGCAAGUGGCCCAAGCUGUAGAACGUGCCAAACAAGUGACCAUGGCUGAACUGAAUGCCAUCAUCGGGGUACGUGGCCUUCCAGGUCUACCUCCUACACAGCAGCAGUUGCAGGCUCAACAUCUCUCCCAUGGCCAUGGACCUCCAGUGCCUCUAACACCACAUCCAUCAGGACUUCAGCCUCCAGGAAUCCCUCCACUGGGAAGCAGUGCUGGCCUUCUUGCCCUGUCUAGUGCUUUGGGUGGGCAGUCUCACUUGGCAAUAAAAGAUGACAAGAAGCAUCACGAUGCAGAACACCACAGAGACAGAGAGCCAGGCACAAGUAAUUCUCUGUUGGUCCCGGACAGUCUGCGAAACACAGAUAAACGCAGGAAUGGCCCUGAAUAUACCAAUGACAUCAAAAAGAGAAAGGUGGAUGAUAAGGAUUCCAGCCACUAUGACAGUGAUGGGGACAAGAGUGACGAUAACUUGGUUGUAGAUGUAUCGAAUGAGGAUCCUUCCUCCCCAAGGGCAAGUCCCACUCAUUCACCACGUGAAAAUGGUAUAGAUAAAACCCGCCUGCUGAAGAAAGACGCCUCGAGCAGUCCAGCAUCUACGGCCUCUUCAGGAAGUUCCACUUCCCUCAAAUCCAAAGAAAUGAGUCUGCAUGAAAAAGCCAGCACGCCUGUUCUGAAAUCCAGCACACCAACUCCUCGAAGUGAUGUGCCAACCCCAGGCACUAGUGCAACUCCAGGACUUCGUCCAGGCCUUGGCAAGCCUCCAACAAUGGACCCUCUGGUUAACCAAGCCGCUGCAGGUUUGCGGACACCGUUGGCAGUACCAGGACCGUACCCUGCUCCAUUUGGAAUGGUACCUCAUGCUGGCAUGAAUGGAGAGUUAACCAGUCCAGGGGCAGCCUAUGCCAGUCUGCACAAUAUGUCACCCCAGAUGAGCGCUGCUGCUGCUGCAGCUGCCGUGGUCGCCUAUGGAAGAUCUCCUAUGGUUGGGUUUGAUCCUCCUCCUCACAUGAGAGUACCUGGAAUCCCUCCAAAUCUAGCAGGGAUUCCUGGGGGAAAACCAGCCUACUCCUUUCACGUUACUGCAGAUGGCCAGAUGCAGCCAGUUCCUUUCCCUCCUGAUGCCCUCAUCGGUCCAGGAAUCCCCCGCCAUGCCCGUCAGAUCAACACUCUGAACCACGGGGAAGUUGUGUGUGCAGUUACCAUCAGCAACCCCACGAGACACGUGUACACGGGUGGGAAGGGGUGCGUCAAAGUCUGGGACAUCAGCCAGCCUGGCAACAAGAGCCCUGUCUCUCAGCUGGACUGCCUGAACAGAGAUAACUACAUCCGCUCUUGUAAAUUGCUGCCUGAUGGAUGCACCCUAAUAGUUGGCGGGGAAGCCAGCACAUUAUCCAUAUGGGACCUGGCAGCUCCAACUCCUCGUAUAAAAGCAGAGCUGACAUCCUCAGCCCCUGCCUGCUACGCUCUGGCUAUCAGCCCUGAUUCCAAGGUGUGCUUUUCCUGCUGCAGUGACGGUAACAUCGCAGUGUGGGAUCUGCACAAUCAGACAUUGGUCAGGCAAUUCCAGGGCCACACAGACGGAGCCAGCUGUAUUGACAUUUCUAAUGAUGGUACCAAACUCUGGACAGGAGGUUUGGAUAACACUGUCAGAUCCUGGGACUUGAGAGAGGGGAGACAGCUACAACAGCACGACUUCACAUCACAGAUAUUUUCCCUUGGUUAUUGUCCUACUGGUGAAUGGCUAGCUGUGGGAAUGGAGAGCAGCAAUGUAGAAGUGCUACAUGUAAAUAAACCAGACAAAUAUCAACUGCACCUUCAUGAGAGCUGCGUAUUGUCACUCAAGUUUGCAUACUGUGGUAAAUGGUUCGUGAGUACUGGGAAAGAUAACCUUCUUAAUGCAUGGAGAACUCCUUAUGGAGCCAGUAUCUUCCAGUCCAAAGAAUCUUCGUCAGUCCUUAGCUGUGACAUCUCUGUGGAUGAUAAGUACAUAGUCACUGGCUCUGGAGACAAAAAGGCUACAGUCUAUGAAGUUAUCUACUGAAAAAUAUGAUGGGGAUAUAACUUUUAGAAGUUGAACUGGGCCAAAAUUGUUCUUAAUUGUAGAAGUAGAAAGGUUUUGCCUUUUAAAAAGGAACAAAAGUAUUGAGGUUCCAGACCUUGCCAUGAAACUACUCCGAUUUUUCAAAAUAGAAGGCAACAUCCAGCAACUAAAUAUUGUCUACGUGGACCAAAUGGAACACAGAGGCAAGAUGGACAAAUGUAGCCUAGGUUUUUGACAUAGUUUUUAAAAGCCGAGUCUACUGAAGAAUGUUGGAGCCUUUUAUUUUUUUCUUUCUUUGUGACCUCAUGCAAAUUGUUCUUAUUGCCUGAAUACGGGGGAUAAAUACCUUUCUGUUCCUUGCAGUUCAAGUUGCAUUCUGUCCUGUGUAGAGCAGUGGUGUCUCAGAUGAACUUGUUUGCUGGUUUUGCAUCUUGUGAUAUGUUUUUGUAUUUUUGUUGAAGGUCAAACAUUUGUAAAAAUUGUAAAUAUAUUUAGUUUAUUACAGUAAAGGCUUUAGUACCAACAACCAGUCUUCCCUCCCCCCCCCCCCCCUUCCCCCACCCUGCCCGCCCUGCUUAUUUAAAAUUAAAAACCUUUUGGGGAUAUAAGUACCUUUUUAGAAGCAAAAGCAAACACUAUGUAUAGUUUGAAAAUGGUGUCUUAUUCUUUAUAACUCUUCCUAGAUUCCUUUAUCAUACUUCAAAGUAGUUGUUUUGACGUAUUAGGGUAUCAAGUCCAGUAGAUACUGUCUUGUGCUACAGAAAACUUAAAAGGCAAUUUUGUACUAAUUAUAGUGUAAAUAUAAAAAUUGAACAUUUCAUAAAGUUGUGCAGUUUAUUUUAAGUUUAUUCUGAUGUCCCAUGUAUAUGUUCUUUGGCAGAUACAAUAAUAUGUGCCUGAUCAUAAGUCAUUGGGUCAUUUCUCUAGAAGAAGAGGUGACUUCCCUCUCCUUUCUCCCCCAGCUGAACAGAAUUCAUGUGUGACCACAUUUCAACUAAGUACAUCAGAGCCUUUAUUCAUUAACUGAGGAUACCUAUGAUUAAACAGAGCUAGAUAAGUUGCAUCCUUUGUAUUUAACAGAGAAGUGGUAGUUAAUGACCAUUUCCUUUUUAAUGUCUUGUCUAUACGUAGAUACUCAGGUAAAUUUAAUUAAAUCACCAAAAGUGUGAGUUUUACAGGGGAUCACUUAAACAAUGUUAAAUACUUGCAGGGCUGCAAGUGAAGUGAAUUAACCUAAACUAAGUUUCUUAACUUCUUGUGAGAAUAUUGACAAAGGAGUAUUUUGAUUUUUAACUAAUCCACUGUACAAAUUAAUUAGAAUUAAUUUUCCUGAGUGUCCCGUCUUACGGAGGCCUAUAGGCUCUAUGUAUUCAUACUGAGCAAUCUUCGAGUCUUUUCCACUGUCACAUCAGUGUGUGACAUAUGUGAAGAGCCAUGCUAAGCAGCCAGUUACCAAAGCUAUGCAUCUUCAAAUCAAGUUUUCUUCGUGUACUCAAGAGAAAUGGAUGAGGAGAGAAUGUGUACAUUUUAUUCUACCUAUGUUUUUUCAGAUUAACGAGUUCUACCACUGUGUGCUAGGCAAACCUAGCUGUUGCACCAGUGAGGGCCAUUCGUUUCCUACAUUCUGUAAUUUAAUUAGAAUUUCUGUUGCUAAUGGAGACUACAGAUGAACAGAAGAAUAUCUUUGAACAAAUAAUUCAGAUUACACAAACUGGCAGACAGGUUAAGACUCAUCUGUGAAGAGCCGCUUUCUGAUUUUGCUAGCAUUUGACCAUGACCUAUAUCCCUGCUCUUUCAAAGGCACAUAACUAGGAAGGAACAAGUUUGACUGACAGAUGCAUUGACUGGAUAGGGAAUUUCUCAUCUGGGGGAAAGUUUUCUCUCGAUUUCCAGUCUGAAGAGACAUCAGUUUUCUUUUCAAUUUACACGACCAUUCUACUGAAACCAUUUUAUAGCAUCUCUAAUUGUAAUGGCCUUAAUACUUAAUAAUUAACUUUGCAUUAGGAAUGUAAAAUGUUAACCAUUCAGGAUAAUCUGGUUUCCUAGACAUUUAAAAUCAGUGUUCUAUCCAUAUGCAUCUAUACCUUUGUCUGUUGCUGUGUUGUGAAUAUUUAUCUGUAUGAAAAUGGCAGACCAGUAUAGGUGGUCGUCAUAUUCCUUUCACAGAGUGAGGCAAAAAGCAGAAUCUUCAGGCUUUUCAAAGAAACAAUUAUAUUUUUUACAUUGAAAUACUGUGAAGUGCUACGCCAUUUUAAAAAGGGAAAGUUUUUUUUAAAAAAGAUUAUUUACUAGGUUACUUGAAUUUUACUAACCCUGCUGACAUAUUGAAGUUUUUCCAAACGUCUGACUCUGCCAAUGGAUCAUUUGUUUAGCAGCACUGGCAAAUUUGCUGUAAUCAGGAACAUUUGGAUUUCUUCCAAACUACUGUCACCUUGGCUUUUACUUUAUAGGUGUUCUUUUGCCUUUCUUAAAAGUUGAUAUCAGAGGAAACAAUAAUGCAAGUAUUCUAACACAUUCAUGUAACUUUAAAAAAAAAUACACACGCGUAUAAUGGAUCUGCUUUAAGUUGUAACAUCGCGGUUGUUGGUAAGACCACAUUCUUGGCAAUCAGGAGAUUCAAAAUCAUAGUGUUGGGAAAAUCAUGAAAUACCUUCUCUUUUCUUCUUAGCUUCUAGAAUGCCCAGUGAGUCAGAGCAGUUAUGGAACUGGACGUUAUUUAUGCAUAUGAAUGAAUUUAAUAAUAUUUGUACCAUAUGUUUCUCGGUUGUAAUUAAGAAAUUACUUCCUUUUUUCCCCAGUCAGAUCUACUUUAAGCAUUGGGUCUGAAUACUUGGGGACGCAUCAUACAAUAGUUCUCUCAAUUUUUUGUUCCAGCUUUCACUUAGAGUUUAUGAAACUUUUUUUUUUUUUCAUUUGUCAAACAGCAAAGCUCAUUCCACCAACAGAUCUAAUUUUUAAUGAAAAGAUACAUUUGGUGAAAUCUGGGCAUGUCUGUCUACACUAUUACCUACAAGAGUUAAAACUUGCAGAACGUAAAACUUGUGUAAAUUCUUAUAGCCCUUUGUAAAGCAGUGGGUGGAAAAAAUUGUGUAUUGAAUGAAGAAACACAGUAGGCCAGACCAGCAGAAACAGAAAAGGCAUUGGGAAAAGCACAUGGAAAAAAGAGGUACAGCAGUACUAUGGUGUAGGUAAUUAAUAUUUUUUUUUUGUCAAUUUAAUUACAUUCCUAAAAGAUUGCUUUGAUUAGCCCCUUUCUGGGACAGUCUUUGUUUGCUGGGUGGCCCUCAGUAUUUAGAGAUGUCUGAAUGCCACUCUGGCAAACACUAGUGCCAGAUAGAUGCAGGGAGUCCUUACCAAUGACAUAUCGGAUGUCAGUGCAAACAAUAACUGACGAAGGAGGAGAUUUGUGGUAAUAUCAAUUCAACUGAACAAAAUCCUUUGCCAGCUCUAAUAUGUAUAUUUUGUACAUGUGCACUAGCCAUAACCUUUUAUAAAUCAAUUGUGCAGCAAAUCACGAUAUUAUUCCACACAAUGCAUUUGUCAGUAUGUCAGGGUACCUCCUUUUGACUACAACUCCAAGCAAAGAUAGUUCUGUAUCAACCCACAAAGCACUGGUCCUUGAGAGAGAAUUUUCAUCUGCAUUAAUUCUUUUAAACUCAUUUGGCAUUUCAGAAGCUUUUGUUCCUUUAAAGGGAAGAGGGAGCCCCAAAUGAAGUUCGUAGACUGUUAAAAUAAUAGUGUCAUUUUGUAAUACAAAUAUCAAAGUAGAAUGUGUCAUCUAGUCACGUGCAUGCUUUUGUGUAUAAACAAUUGACCAUAAUUUUUCUGUCACACCUUUCCAUUGGUGAUGCAGGUAGAAUUUUCAGAAGCAUCUAAGUUACUUAAAGCC